UUUUUCUUCAUUAUCUCUUAAUCACUUUUCUUAUCUUACCUAUUUAACAAUGCGUUUCUCUCUCACUUCUGUCAUCCUUGGCGUUGCUGCCUUAGCCUCUACUGUCACUGCUGACAUCUAUGACCGUCUUAACUUGAAUGAAACCGCUUUCUUGUUCGUCGAUCAUCAAACUGGUCUCUUCAGCUUGGUAAAGGAUUUUGAAGACGAUCACUACCUCAACAGUGUCAUGGGUCUCGCCGAAACAGCCAAGUAUUUUGAUGUCCCUGUCAUCUUGACCACCUCUCGUGAAGAUGGUCCCAACGGUCCUUUACUUCCCGAAUUGAAGAAUAUGUUCCCUGAUGCCCCUAUCAUUGAGCGUCCUGGUCAAAUUAACGCUUGGGACAACGAAGACUUUGUCAAGGCUGUUGAAGCCACUGGUAAGAAGCAAUUGAUUGUUUCUGGUAUUGUCACCGAUGUCUGUGUCGCUUUCGUCGGUCUUUCUGCUAAGGAAGCUGGUUAUGAUGUCUUUGCUGUCACCGAUGCUUCCGGUACUUUCAACGCAGCUGUUCGCGAAGCUGCUUGGUUGAGAAUGCAACAAAAGGGUGUCCAAUUGGUGAACUGGUUCAGUGUUGCUUGCGAAUUGGCUCGUGAUUGGCGUAUCGAUCUUGAAGGUUUGGGUAACUUGUUCGCUAAGCGUUUGCCAAGCUAUGCUCGUGUUAUGGAUUCUUACAAUGGUGCCCAAGCUGUUAUCAAGGGCAAGGAUGACAAGGACUCCAAGGACAAGGAUAACAAGAAGGAUUAAAUACAUUAAGCCGCUUUUCUAAUCCAUAUCUUUUUACAUUUUUAAUUGGAUAAUAUCCAUGUACAAUUAGUAACAAUUUCUCAUUAACGUAUUCACUCUUCAUUAAAAUAUACAUUCUGCAAUAAAAGUAAUUCAUUUUCAUAACAAAGC